UUGACUAUAGUGACAGGCAAAGACGCCAAAGUUGAUUUAAAGAAGAAUGAAGCUUAACACACGCUACUUGGUUUUGUUGGGUUUCCUAGCUCUGUUUUCACUUUCUUUGGCUGUAGAAUCAAGCAACGAGGAAGAGAAGGUUGAUCAAGAAAAAGUAGAUUAUGCGAAAGGUUCAGUUUGUGGAUAUUGUGAAUACUGCAAGUUCUGCAAGCUGUGUGAUAAAGACUGCCCAUGUGAAACUAGUCCAUCAAAGCCCAACUGUAAAAUGUGCAAGUACUGUAAAUUCUGUUACCUGUGUUCGGGAGUAUGUGAUACAAUUUGCCAGCCAGGUGGUGUUAUAGACAAAGUUUCUGCUGCUAUUGUCAAUGCUCUCCCGUCCCAUGACCCAGAGGAGAUUAAUAAGGACAUUAAAUCUGUAGAUGAUUGGAUGAAGAAAAACAAAGAUGAACUUUGAUGACAUGAAGAUAGAUAGGAUACUCAACCAUUCCACCCCAACUGUGUUACUUCAUCCCCAUUCUGAAUGUUGAUCAAGUUCAUGUGUGAUUGUAAGGUUAAUUUCCUAUUAUUGUCAUGUUUUAGCAAAUUUUAUACAAGAUUAUUUAUGUAUGCAUGCUUACAUAUUUACACUAGAAAGCCUAUGAACAAGUGUCAGCAGUAAUGUACUGUAUAUUAAGUAUUCAAAUUUGUAUAAAAACAAACAUUUAUAUAUAUUGUUUAUAUCUUACCCUAACAUCCAGAAACUUUUUCAUUACAUGUACAUUGUGUAGGAAAAAAUCCUUAUAGUGUUUUGUGUAGAGAGGAAAUAUACUUACUUGAGUUCAUUUAUAAAACAUAUCAUUUUUUAGUCAUGAAAACCAUAGAACAAAUGUGAUACAAAACUGACAUAAUGCUGAAAGUCACAGAGCAUUUUUAUAUAAUGACCAAUGGGAUUUUUAAUAUUAGAUGUGAAAUAUUGUCAAGUAUAGACAUGAUUCAUCCAUACAUUAGUUCAGAAUGCAAAUUAUGGCAGUCUACUGAAACUUAAGAUAGGAGUGUGUAUGAUUGGUUUAGAAUAAUAAUUGUUUUUUACAAUGCUGUUGUGAAAUGAUAAAAAAUAUGAGUUUACAAUCAAUUCUGUAUUGUCUGGUAUAUUAGUACAUGUUUAAUUUAUUGUAAAAUUUCUAUAUUUUCUAUUCAUUAUGUGUUUAGAUGUCCCUUUUUUUUAUACCAGAGAACAAAUAAAAACUGUCUUUGAAGUUGC